GACAACCGGACCGCGCUGCACUGGGCCUGCUCGGCGGGACACACGGACGUCGCCGACCUCCUCCUCGGUCUCGGCGUGCCCGUCAACGACAAGGACGAUGCUGGCUGGACGCCCUUACAUAUCGCCGCCUCGGCAGGCCGCGAUGAAAUUGUGAAAGCCCUCAUUGCCAAGGGUGCUCAUGUGAACGCUGUCAAUCAGAAUGGCUGCACGCCUCUGCAUUAUGCAGCCUCCAAAAAUAAGCAAGAGAUUGCAGUCAUGCUUUUAGAGAACGGGGCUGAUCCGGACGCAACAGAUCAUUUUGAAUCCACCCCGUUACACAGAGCAGCAGCCAAAGGAAACCUAAAAAUGGUACAGAUCCUUCUGCAGCACAAUGCAUCUGUUAAUAUACAGGACUCCGAAGGGAAUACUCCUCUUCAUUUAGCCUGUGAUGAAGAGAGAGUGGAGGAAGCAAAGCUGCUGGUGUCUCACGGUGCGAGUAUUCACAUUGAGAAUAAAGAAGAACUGACCCCACUGAAAGUGGCAAAAGGUGGCCUGGGAGCCAUACUUAAAAGAAUGGUGGAAGGCUAGUGGGAACUUCUGCCUUGACUCUCUUUCCUGUUGCACUUGUAUAUAAGACUGCCAACUUCAUAUUUUGAUGGUUCAACUAGGAUGUCGUGUAUGGGCAUCACCAUGGUAAUAAAAUAUGUAUCUCUAGCUUUCCUUCAAGUACAGUGCCAAAACAAUUGUUUGUACUUCCUGUUAAUUAAACAGUCGACUGAUUUUAAAGUAUUUUUCAGUAUCUUGCAGUUUUGUUUUGGUUUACAGUGUGAUCUGUGUAAAUGCAGUCAUUCCUUCUAUUUCAGAACCUAGUUUAGGAUUGUUUCUUUGAAGCAACAGGACCAAAAAUGUUUUAACCGUUUAAAGUCAAUUUUAUUUUGGAAGUUUAUUCUAGAGUCUCUGUUUUUUCCCUU